AUGUUUCAAACACCUACGAAUGAGUUAAAUAAUAAUGAUCCAGUGUCAGCUAGGCAUAACAUGCUAUAUUAGGUUGAAAUAGAAGUUUUCAAUUAAAUAUUAAUGUUUUUAGAUAUUAAAUCAUUAUUACAAUUUAGAUUGGUAAGCAGACAUGCAAAAGAAACUGUAACAUAAAUGCUUCCAAUUUAAUUACAUAAUUUAUAAUAGUUAAUAGAAGAAUAAUAAAAUGAAAUCUAAAUCAAGAUCUAAAGUUUAUAGCAGCCAGCAGGCAAGGAUCAAAAUUAAGACCAAGGUUUGCAAGCAGCCUUAAAUGGAAUUUAAAAAAUUAAUAAAGCUCAUAUCAAUGAGCUGAAAUGCUUUGUCAGACCACCUGAAUUAGUUGAAAGGAUUAUUAAUCUAAUUUGUUUGACUUUAGAGCCGACUUUUAAGAUAUAAAAAGAUAAUUGGAAGGAAUGUCUAAAGUUCCUAAAUUAAUAAAAUUUUAUAUUAUUAAUUAUCAAUUUAGAUAUUAGUAAAUUGAGUGAAAAUCAGUUACAAUAACUAGAAUAAGUGAAAAGUAUUCAAGAAAAAUAAGCAGCCGCUACAUCUUUAGUCGCAAAUUCUUUCCUCAUUUAUUUGAAAGCUUUAUUAGCAUUAAGGUAGUCUAAAGAUUACGAGACAUAAAUUGAGAUAAAAGAAUUAUAAUGCAAAACAAAGAAAGAGAAACAUUUAGCUGAUAAACUAGAAAAGAUCAUUAAUAAAUGA